AUGGGGUCUUCGAUGACACCGUCUGCCCAAAGACACUUUCUGCUCUCGGCGGUUUUGAAGUACAAUAGUGUUCUAUGUUGCUUUCUGUAUCCUCUGGGCAUCGCUGCCUUCAUCUGCCUGGGGUCGCCUGAAGUCAACGAUCAGACCUACUUUUCUGAUAACUCCCUACUUCCCGGCAUGGUAGAAAGGAGUACAAGAAUAGCGCAAGAGGCCGAAUCUAUCCUUGGCACGCUUGAAUCCGAAGUGAAGUCGCAUUCGAGCAUACCGUACGCCUGGCUCGCAGGUCAAUUCAGACAGGCGGGCUUGGAAGUCUAUCGUCACAAUUUCACGUUGGCAUAUCCGAUAGGAAGUCGACAGCUGCAUCAUGGGGAGAAUUUGUUCGCGAUCAUGAGGGCUCCCCGAGCAUCUCGCACUGAAGCGAUUGUGAUAUCGGCACCGUUUCGCGCAGCAACAUCUCCUCACGCAUCGAACCUCGCAUCAAUAGCAACGAUGAUUGCACUGGCAAGGCAGUUCCGUAAGAAAAUCUACUGGUCCAAGGACAUCAUAUUCGUAGUUACUGAACACGAACUUGUCGGGCUGCAAGCGUGGCUCGAUGCCUAUCACAUGGUGGAAACAUCGCCCGGAGUUCUCCUCCCGGGAAGCCUGGAUGCUCGUUCAGGGAACAUCCUUGCCGCAAUCAACCUGGAACUGCAAGACAAGCACGUCGACCAGGUGAACGUUAAAAUUUUCGGCCUGAAUGGACAGCUGCCGAACUUGGACCUGGUGAACACGUGCAAGAAUUUGAUGCAAAGAGAAGCAGUCCCGUACAUCCUCGAAGAUCGAGCGGACCCCGUCGCCGCAGAAAACAGGAGCCUCGAAUGGGAAGGGGGCGUCAUGAAUCUCUUCAGUCAGAUGACAAAGCAGGCGACUGGAGCUCCAUCAGCAGCCCAUGGACUUUAUCACCGUUUCGCAAUCCAAGCUCUGACCCUGCAAGGUCAACCCAAAGUGAGGGGGUAUUCGUACGUGACCCUGACAAAUAUCGGUCGGGUGAUAGAGGGUCUCGUACGAUCGGUGAACAAUCUCCUCCAGCGAUUCCAUCGAUCCUUCUUCUACUACUAUCUACCGAGCAUGGACAGAUACAUCUCGAUCGCCUACUACAUGGGAGCUUUCGGAAUUCUCAUCAGUCCCGUCGCGCUGAAAUCCAUCGCUCUGCUCCUGGAGCUCCACGAUCAACAACCCACGGCGUACAUGACUCUGUUGUGGAAAGCCUCACCCCUGGUAUUGCUCGUACAGCUGCUGGGAGCCGCAGUAUUCGCUUCGCCCGUUCAGGGGGAGAGUAUGGUAAAGAGCGUUCUCUCCUUCAGCACACGGGACGCCCUGUAUGCUUUCAUGAUCGGCGCCUCGGCGAACCUCCUCGUUUUACCGAUCGGCACGAAGCGGGCGAUUGACCCUCAACCUCAGAGACUGCUGAUGCUGCUCCAUUAUUUGCUCGUGAUCGGUCCUCUGGCGAUGCUGAAUAUCUCGCUCGCGGUCCUCGUCGCGGUGUUGACUGUUCCAGCGGUCCUGACCGCCGGUGUCAAUACCUAUCUGCCGCUCAGGUUGCUGCAGCGCAUCGUCCAGAUCUUGGUUAACCCUUUCGUUUUGACUUAUAUCGUCCUCUUUUGUCAUUCAGUCGCCCUGGAUAGAUGGGACGUGAGCGACCCGAAAAUUCAUUUGGUGCAGGCGUUCAAUGCUCAUAAGAAACUCUUGCUAUUCACUGUAGAAGAUUGGUAUAUAUACGGAGCUGCGAAUUUCCCAAUUCUCUGUCUGGGUUUCUUACCGGUUUGGGCGCAUAUGUGGUCAUUGUAGAAUUUAA